AUGGGCGACUUACAUCUUGAUAGCCCUUUAACCCUACCAUGCGGCAUCACACUGCGAAACCGCCUCGUCAAGGCGGCCACCACCGAGCAACUCGCCGACUGCGACGGCCUGCCAACCUCGGACCAGUUCCACCGCCUCUACCGCACCUGGGCCGACGGCGGAUGGGGCCUGUUGUUGACCGGCGCCGUGCAAGUCGACCUGCGCUACUUUGGCGCCCGCGAAGACCUCGCCAUAGACACGGCCCGCGUAGACGAGGCGAAGACGCUCGCCGCGUACCGCAAGCUGGCCGACACGUGCAGGAGCAGAGAUACCCCGACCAUCUUGCAGCUCAACCAUCCCGGGCGGCAGUCGCCCAUCAGGGCAGGCAAGAGGGGGUACUUUGAAAAGACCAUGGCCCCGAGCAGCGUCGCCAUGGACUUUGGCUCGAACCUCACGCAGAGGACCCUAGCCGCCUUGGUCUUUGGCACGCCGCGCGAGAUGACGGUGCGGGACAUUGAGGACGUGGUGCAGAGGUUCGCCAACGCCGCGAGGAUCGCGUCGCAGGCGGGCUUUGACGGUAUUCAGAUUCACGCCGCGCACGGGUACCUGCUCGCGCAGUUCUUGUCCGCAAAGACCAAUCUUCGAACCGACAGGUACGGCGGCGGCGCGGCAGAGAGAGCCACCAUCGUCGUGGACAUUAUCCGCGCAGUGCGCGCCGCGACGGCAGCGGCGCGGGCCGACUUCUGCAUCGGCGUCAAGCUCAACUCGGUAGACCACCAGGCGGCCGUGGAUCCCGCGUCGUCGAGCGAGCUGCAGGACGUCCUCGCGCAGGCCAGGGUCAUUGCCAACGCGGGCGUGGACUUUAUCGAAGUCAGCGGAGGGUCCUACGAGAAUCCAGUCUUUGUAGGCGACGGACCCGAGGUGCAGCACCAAAAGUCCGAAAAGACGCUCGCGCGCGAGGCCUUCUUCCUGGAGUUUGCAAAGGCCAUCCGACAGGCGCUGCCGCACACGGCGCUCAUGGUGACGGGCGGCUUUCGCACGCGCCGCGGCAUGGAAGCGGCCGUUGCCCAAGGGUCGUGCGACCUGGUCGGCUUGGCCAGGCCGGCGAUCCUGCGGCCGUCCUUGCCGAGGGACGCGAUCCUCAACCGCGACGUGUCGGACGACGAUGCGCAGGUGCCGACGAAGCACGUUGCCAUUCCGUGGAUCGUCAAGUAUCUGGGCGUCAAGGCGCUGGGUGCCGGCGUCGAAAGCGUAAUAUCUUGCCCCCUCCACUACCUUCAGUCGUCAUAUUUGUAG